AUGGGGUUUUGUGAACUUUUUGCCAGGCUAGCCUCAAAAUGUGAACCCUCUGAUCUCUGCCUCCUGAGUAACUGGGGUUACAGGUGCAUCCACUGAGUAUGGUCAAGACUGCAUCUUUCUGAGUUAUAAUUUUCAUGCUGUUCUAAGGAGGGGGCCAAGGAGGUUGGGAACAAGACUUCGAGAGUCCCCAUCCUAGUGGCUGAGUAUCAUCUGCAUUGUUCUCACUGUUUGGAGAACCAUCUUGAGUUCGGCAGAAGCCUGCUCGCCAUCCCUGGGUGAUGGAGAUCAUGGCUUGGCCACACUGGUGUUAGAACCUCCAGCCUGGAAGGGGCCAUUUCAGUCAUGAGGCAAGCUUGGCACUGGCCUCGCAGAUGGCUGUAUGCCUAUAACGAGUUUCCUUGUGGAGAUGCUGGGUGCUGUUUCUAGGAAGGUGCUGACUGGCCUGCAGCUGCUCUUCGGGGCCAGAACUGAACACGUCCUGUCCCACCUAGGUUGGCAGUGUCCACAGUGUGGUCAUUGGCAUUGCCUAGCCCUACCAAGUCCUGCUGGGAGGUGGCACAACCUCCAGUCUUCUUAGGUCCACAGAACACCCGCCUGCUUUGGAGAUCAGCAUCCUGUAAAGCCCAGAGAGUAUUCCUGCUGUUCUGCAGGUCCUCCCCGCAGGUGGUCCCCUUCCCUGAGCUUGAGGGGAAACUACUGUCUGGGAUUAUGUCCUCAGGGCCACUCCAGACCUCUGGUCAGAAGGCUCAGAUCUGGGGUAGGAGAGAUCUGAACAGUACCAUUUCACAGACCCCGGGGCAUCCCCCAGAGUGGUGCAGCAGGUGUGGCAUGGGAGGAGGCCAUGGGACCAUGCCUGGUGGGGGCCAGCACCCAGGAUGGGGCCUGCUGUAGUAGAAUCAGUCUCCUUGGCCUGGAGCCUGCGGGUCCCAGCCGACAAGGUCCUGGUACUGAGUCUCACAGCCAGAGUGACACUGGUCUACUGGGUAGUUGGCUCCAAGGGGGUCCUGGCUCCUGGUGAGGCUGCACCUCUGGCCUACCACCAAGGUGCACAGUGAGUCUCCUAUUUUGUUAUGUGGUAGCCUGGGCCAUGAACAAAAUGAGUCCUGUCUUCUCUGUCCUCUCCAGCAACAUGGCUGAAAGCAAGGCCAAGCCUGCCAAAGCUGCCAACAGGACACCCCCCAAGUCCCCAGGGGACCCUGCAAAGGAGAAGGCAGCUAAGCGGCUGUCACUGGAGUCAGAGGGGGCUAAUGAGGGGGCAGCCUCAGCCCCCGAGCUCAGCGCCCUGGAGGAAGCCUUUCGGCGGUUUGCAGUGCACGGGGACACCCGGGCGACCGGGAAGGAGAUGCAUGGCAAGAACUGGUCAAAGCUGUGUCGGGACUGCCAUGUGAUUGAUGGGAAGAACGUGACCGUCACUGAUGUGGACAUUGUCUUCAGCAAGAUCAAAGGGAAGUCCUGCCGGACCAUCACAUUCGAGCAAUUCCAGGAGGCACUACAAGAACUGGCCAAGAAGCGGUUCAAGGACAAGAGCGAUGAGGAUGCUGUGCGUGAGGUUCACCGGCUCAUUGAGGGCCGAUCGCCUGUCAUCUCAGGGGUCACGAAAGCCGUGUCUUCACCCACUGUGUCACGGCUCACAGACACGACCAAGUUCACGGGCUCCCACAAGGAGCGCUUCGACCCAUCAGGCAAAGGCAAGGGCAAAGCUGGCCGCGUGGACCUGGUGGAUGAGUCAGGCUAUGUGCCUGGCUACAAGCAUGCGGGCACCUAUGAUCAGAAGGUGCAGGGGGGCAAGUAGCCCUGCACGCUGAUGCCCUGGACACUGCAGGUGCCGGCAUGGGGGCUCACAUCCAUCACACUUCAUUACAUUCCUGUGCUCACUGGGGCAGAACUCAGAGGCCUCCUCUGGGCAACUUUGGGGCAAUGCCCAGGCCUACCCCUGCCAGGGACCCCGACACUUCUUUCUCAGACCCCAGGUUUGGGCCCUGACUCACCGACCCUUCCUAACACGCCUGCCCCAUCUGGACUCUGGAAGUGGAUGGCUAUUAUUUCCAGAUUGUCUCCCAGGAUCACACACACUGGCCAUCUGGUUUGCUGGGGAAGGAAGGAGGGUUUUGGAGCUGAUAGGUGUGGGGAUGUGUGGGUAGACCCUAUUAGAGGCUGCACUGAACUCCUGACCAGCUUUCUAGGAGCCUCAAGGGCAACAGGAACUAAUGAACUAACCAACAGCACAGAUGAAACAGACUAACCCCAAACAGGGCCCUCCACGCUUCCUGAGUAGAGGGUGUGGUGGAGGCUGUGCAGGUAUGGGGCAGCAGGUCAUAUAGGCACAUGCUUGCUCCAGCACAAAUGUACACACACAUCCAUGACCAGGUCUAAUGCUGAGGGCAGCUGAAGAACAAUGGAUGGCUUGGUAACUUGGAGUGUGACACUAGGAAUUUUUUCAGUUUGCUGUCCUAAAAAAUGAUAGUGACUUUGCUAUUGCUUUGGUCUCAGAGCAAUCCGGGGAGAUCCUCCCUGCCCAGCCCUAUGUCACCAGGGUGGGAGGCACUCCCCAAGCUGGGGACACCCAAGUGUUUGCUGCACCAGCACAGGAUGCAGGCUUCUGCCAGGCCUCCUGCCUGCAGCCCAAGUAGACUCUGCCCUGUUCUGCUCACAAGCCUGCCACCAGUCUCUGCAUCCUCACCUCUCUCAAGCCUCCUUUUAAUAGACUUCCCUAACCUCCUCUGACACCAAAACCAGGCCCAGAGAAGACUUCAGGCCUAUAGCAGUUGGGCUUUUGUUUCUGCCGUGGGCUGCUGAGUACACAGGAGUUGGCCAGAGCCAGCCCAGGAUCCUGCUCCUCCAUGCAUGAGUUUGUCACACGGUGGCCUGUCCUCAGCACUGUAUCUGUAUGAGGACCGAGCUCUCCUCCCAGGAUGUCCAGAGGUGUGUGGCACUGUCACCACUGACCCUAUGCAUGAACACAGCCGCAGCCUUUUGUGUGACCUGCUAGGCCAUGUAGUUCUGGGGUUGGUCCUGGAAAGAACUCCAGUGGCCUUGGGAGGUGCCUCACAAGGUGCCUUGGGUGUUUGGGGUGGGGGCACCCUGGAUACAUGGCCUGGUCCACAGUACAGGUGGACAGCAAGGCCCCUCCCUCACUGCCAUAGCAUGUGACAUGCCACACCCCUCCCCAAGCCUGGAGAGUGCCUGGGCAGUGCCACAGCCCAGGGGAGGCCUCCCAUCAGCCCACCUGAGCUCCCACCCAACAGGGCUCUCUGAGGGCGCAGAGUUCUGCCAAACCCUUCAACAUGAGGAGUCUCAAAUGGAGGAGGGGGUGGCCCAGUGGACAGCUUCUUUUUGAGAUCCUGGGAGUUCAGUGUUGGUAUUAAAGACCAAGGCUCUAAGGCGCCCUUCUGAGACAUCAUCUCACCUAUCUGGGGAAAGGCAGGCACAACUUUCAUAAGUGGUCACUAACAGGGCUCUACCCCAUGCCUGGAAGGACCCUUGGCACUCUCUACAUCCUCCCAGCAUCCCUGGUACCCACAAUGCCCCAUGUGACCGCUGUUAUCCUUUUCUCCUGUGAACAGCCCAGUUCCCACCAUCACAGCAAAGUCAUGUGGAACAGACAAGAAUCCCAUUAGGACCUCAGUCCCUGAAAUGGAAUGCACCUGGGUCAGGUUAUGUCUGAGGUUCCCCAUACCAUGCAGCAGGUCCAGUGGACCCCACAGUGGUCUGUGAGGAUGCAGGACACUGACAAGAGGUCCUAGAACACCAGAACAGUCCUGUUCCAUGGGAGGGUCAUCACCAGGCAAGAAAGAUCUCCAAAGAUCCAGGCCUAGUCCCAGGCUGGCCGGUCUGCCUCAGGAGCACCUAGGAAACUGACCCUAAGCAAAAGAAACCAUGCCAGUGCCCAUCCUCGGGGACCACCCAACAUCGCAAGGAGGCCCGUCACAGAUGGUUACCUUGUCCAAGCAGUCAAGCACCUCAUGGCGCUCUACUCAGAACUGGAUGGAGAAGCUCAGAACAGUGGGUCCACCCAUCUCAGGCCCCUGGAGGUGAGAUCCUUGGAAGGAAAUGGUUCUUUCACUUCUGAUGAAACACUCAGAAUGCAUUCCUGAUCACUUUGGGUUUUGUGACUGAAAAUCCAGUCACUGUCUUUUGUGCUCCUGUCCAUAUUGGCCUAGAACCCCAGAGUACUCUAGGGCUCCUGGAAGGAAAACCCCAUGCCCUAGCCCUACCAUGUGGCACUUGGGUGGGGCCUGGUACACAGAAGCAUCCAUCGAGUCCCUUCCUGUCCCCAAAGUUUCCUCAGACACAUGUGUAGGUGAAGACAGUAUCCUUCUUCGGUCAGUUUCAAAGUGUAGCUCUGAAAACAUACCCUCCAUCUACAUCACCUAGCAAGGAGGACAGUAGGAAUUAGACCAUGCAGACUUGGUGUCACCACACUGCCAGUUUAAAAUUGUCUGUGAAUUUGUUGUGGCAUCUGUGUGUACCCUCUGAACACAGAACAUAUGCUUGGACUCCAAUAUCACUGCACAAAACAGACACGUGCAUUUUCCUUGGUCAGUUUCUGAACAUUAUGAAAACACAGGCAGAGUGUUUUGCCUAUGUUGCAUGUUUUAUGCAAAAAAAUUAGCUUCUAGUAACUAUGGUUAAACAGAAUUCCAUGUCUACCUGUGAAUAAAAGAAACUGCACAGCAUGCAAACCAAGACACAGGGACAAGUUCUAUUAGGAGGUGACACCCAGGACAUGGGGACACAUUCUGUCGGGUGACACCUAGGACACGGACAGAUUCUGUCAGGGGAGGAUGCUCAGGAGACAGAGACAGGUUCUAGGAGAAGAGACACCCAGAACACAGAGGUAGGUUCUGUCGGGGAUGACACCCAGAAAACAGGGACAGUUUCUGUCAGGGAUGGCACUCAGGAGACAGGGACAGGUUCUGCCAGGGGUGACACUCAGGAGACAGGGACAGGUUCUGUCAGGGGUGACACUCAGUAGACAGGGCAGUUCUAGCAGGGGAGGACACUCCAGAGGCAAGGACAGGUUCUAUCAGGGGUGAUACCCAGGAGGCAGGGACAGGUGUGUCAGAGUGACAACCAGGAGACAGGCACAGAUUCUGUCAGGAGUGACACCCAGGUGACAAAGUUCUAGCAGAGGACACUCCAGAGACAAGGACAGGUUCUGUCAGGGGAGGACAAUGCUGAUGGUGUCUUAAGUGUCAGGGAAGAGAAGGUGGAAGGAGGGUGUUGGAGAACACUGACCCUAGCAGAACACCUAUUUAUUUGUAUUUAGUGCUCUAAGAUAAACACCUAGGUAGUGGUAACAGCUUUACCAAAAUCAAAGCUCCAAUUAGAUGUUGAAAAUAUAGCAAAAGAUGCAUAUUUAUACUGGAGUACUUUCACAACUUUUAAUACCCUCAGUGUCACGUUUGGGAACAUGGAAAUUACAGCAGAUGCAGGAAGAUGGUUUUGAAAAGGCAUCUGCAGUACUUUCACCUGCCAUCUCCUGCCUGCCUUCCUGUGCUGCCCUAUCACUGAGGCCCAGCCCUGGGCAGGGGCUCGCACCCCUCCCCAGUUGGCCCUAGGCUGCUACGGCUACCUGUUUUUGUGGGUAAAGUUUUACUGACACACCCAUGUGUUUACAUAUUGUCUGUAGCUGUCUGAUAAAACAACUGGAGCAGGGAGGAGUUGGCCUGGACACCUACGGUAUUUACCACCUGUCCUUUUUCAGGGAAAAUCACCUACUUGUCUGGCUGUCUUCCUCCCGCAGAACCCUAUACAAUCUGGCUGCUCCCGUCCUGCAGUAUGACGCAUGGGGACACCCUGUUUCAUAUAAGGGUGACAAUUCAGCUGCACUGUGAAGAUAGCAAUAGGUUAGAAUGUCCUUCAAACACUGAACCUAAGUAGCUCUCCUCCACGGACUUACUACUGACCUGUGAACUUGUGACAGGGAGUCAGGACAGGCAUUUUUGAGACGCAGAAGUUAACUUUCUCGCUUCCUUUAGACCUCUUUAAAAAAAAAAAAACUAAACCACGCCAAACAACAAAGGAAACCUGCACAACUUAGACUUGAAAGGGUUAUAUACUACUAGUUUGUACUAAGUUUUUUUUUCAAGAAAGGGAAACAAAUAUAUAUAUGCAAUAUAUUUUUACACUAUUUUAUUAAUGAGAGAUCACUUUAUCAGUGUGAUGGGUAAUGUUGACAUUAUGGGUGGUUCUGACUCAGAAAGGCAUUCUGCUGACAUCUAACCAACUCACCGGAAUGUCCGUGGAGUCUAGAUGGCUGAGCUGCCCUUCCCACAGAGCACAAGGCAUUGUGUCACCUUUUGAACUUGCUGCCAUGGCCUGGCUCAUAAGGCUUUCAUGAAACAGCUUGUGUCUGUCUGCAUUUUGCUCCUUGUGUUUGUUGUUGUUAACAUUCUGUGUCAGAUUGGUAAAGUGAUGAAUAAAGGUGUUAAAAUGUGAAUUUAUCUGUUUCCCUCAAAGUGCAUGCCGUCUGUGCCAGCAGUUGUAUCUUCUGGCCAGCUGGGCCUUGAUACUCACAGGUGCUAACAUACAGGACACGUGCCAGGAGGGAGAGAGUGUGUGGCAUGCUCCUCUCACAGGCGCUAGCAGGACUCCACAGCUUCAUGUCAAAUUUCCUAAGGGAGCCGUCUGACUCCUGGCUUCGGACUGUGUAACCUACCUCGCAAGGGCAGGUUUGAGGUACAGGCUAAGGGUAGGGUCUACUCAAGGGGACUUCUCACAAACUGUACCACAACAACCAUAGCCACCCCAAAGCAGGCUCAAUGUCAUCAGCAGGCUGCUGUAUAACCAAUGCCAACCUGAAAUACUAGCCCAGGGAAGUAGUUUCCCAAAAGAGCCUGGUGUGGUAGCUCACACCUGUAAUCCCAAUUACACAGGAGGCAGAGAUUAGGAGGAUCAAGGUUCAAGACCAGCCAGGGAAAAAGUUAAGGAGACCCAUCUCAACCUACAAGCCAGGCACGGUAGAGCCUGCCUGUGAUCUCAGCUGUGCAGGAGGUUGUAGGUAGGAGGAUCAUGGUUCAGUCUGGCCUCAAAACAUUAAAUCCUAUUUGAAAAAUAGCACAAAACAAAAAAAAAGGGAGCUGGGAGUGCGGCUCAACUAGUAGAGGAGUUCAAAGUCCAGUGCUGCAUAAGAAGGAAAUAAAUAAAACAACAAAGGUAUUUUUAGGCAAUGAAGGAGAACAUGCUACUAGCAGACACUAAAAGAAAUUGUAAAUGCAGAAAGAAAAGUGAUCACGAACGAAAUGUUAGGAUAAGUAGGGAAAAGAGAAGAAAUGGGCAAAUAACUCCAAAUUAAUAAUGGCUAUACAAAUACUUUGUGAAAUUAAAAACAUUUCACUAAAAUAGUGGGAAACCAUCACGCUUAAGCGGGAAGGGGUGCAGGCCUCAGUCCUGCAUUGUCUUGGAGACGGCAAAGUGCUGACUGGAGAAGCACAUGAGGCAUGCACAGCUUCCAGACCACAGAGGUGAAGAUGCUGAAGACAAAGACAUAACCUGAAAGUAAUGAUGGAGCAGGAAAAAAAUCAACAAAGUCGAAGUACAAAACAAGACGGCAAAGUUAAACUAAAAUGUACAAAGUACAUUA